UCCGGUUACGCCUCUGCUAUCCACGGACGCCUUGAUCGACCAGGUUUAGUUUGGGCUUCGUGGCUCAUUGAAUCGAUUAGCUAACGCGUAAUUGUCUAUAACUUUAGAAUGUCGUUCUUGCUGGUCAUUGUUGUAGCCGUGAUGUGGUUCGGCUCGGAGGCUCUGGGGAAAACUGUACCGGGCCUGUUUAAGAGCGAAGUGGCGAGACAGCAGAGCGGCCAGUUCAUCACCGCAUUCAUGUACCAAGGUGAUAACGGCCUGCUGGUGUGUCGACUCGACAACUCGGCUCUGGCUGCAGAGAAAGAGUCCAGGCUGCUGUUGUAUCAGGAUGUGGAGUCGGACCUGGACAACCUCAGCUGCGCUGACAGGCUCAGUAGAGCUCAGUUCACCAUUUCUCUGAGUAAACAGGAACACAACCACACAAUCCCUCGUCAGCCCUCUCCUACAGCCUGGACUGUCCUGUAUGCUGACAGAUACACUUGUCAGGAAAGUGCUGUGAUUCCUUCUGACGCUGAUCUCAGUUUCACUGUUUUGCUCCUCAAUGCCGACUCGGCUGGAAAUCCUCUGGAUCACUUCAGCGCCGAGGAGGCAGGCCUGCACAGUUUUUACUUCCUCCUGUUGCUGGCCUACUUCAUAGCCUGCUGUAUCUACAUCCAGCCCCUGUACCAGGCUAUGAAGAAAGGAGGUCCCAUGCACACGGUCCUGAAGGUCCUGACCACAGCGCUGGCCCUACAGGGCUGCUCGGCUCUCUGCAACUACGUCCACCUGGCCAGAUAUUCUCGUGAUGGUUCUGGUAUUCCUCUGAUGGGCAGCCUGGCAGAGUUGUGGGAUAUGGUGUCCCAGGUGUCCAUGCUGUACAUGUUGCUGAGUCUGUGUAUGGGCUGGACCCUGAGUCGGGGCAGGAAGCCUCAGUCCAGACCUCUGCAGUGGGAACAGUCUCCUGCCUCCACGGCUGUCGCUGUUGGAGGAGUCAUUACACAGGGAGCGCUGCUGCUGUGGGAGCAGUAUGCCGAGGCAGAGGGGGGACAUCACAGCUACCAUGCACAGCAGAGCCUAGCAGGUCUACUCCUCAUGGCUCUGAGAGUGGGUCUGGCCCUGUUACUGGCCUCUGUCCUCUACCAGAUCAUCUCCACUGAGAGAAGCACCCUGAAGAGAGACUUCUACCUCAGCUUUGCCAAGGGAUGCUUCCUGUGGUUCCUCUGUCAUCCAGUCCUCAUCCUCACAUCUGUCAUCUUCAGUGAGCACCAGAGGGAGAAGGUGGUCACUAUUGGCGUGAUCCUCUGCCAGUCCAUCGCCAUGGUGAUCCUCUACCAGCUCUUCCUGUCUCGUUCACUCUACUGGGAGGUGUCCUCUCUGUCCUCAGUGUCUCUACCACUCACAAUGUCGAGGACGAACCACAGGGGGCACUACUGAGCCCAUCUGCUGUCAGGCUUCAGCCAGUCAUCAUUGGAGAGGGAGAACAUGCUACAACACGGAGGCAUCGCCUUCCUGAAUUCCUCAGAGGAGGAAUGCUUCCUGAGGAUCACGAGGCGAAGAUGACACAGUGUGUGGUGACAUUGCAGUGACUGGUGUCCUUUAUAUCAUGUCCUCUAUUAAGCACGUUACCUGGCAUGGGUUGGAUACGUUGAUGUUUUCAGCAACACCCUACCUCUAGCGACAAAGGUGGCCAGACAAGCUGAGUAGGAGUGUAUAAGAAAGGUAUUUAAUGCAGCACCACAUGAAAGAAGACACAAGACAUGCUGGAUGUCCAAACAGCCAAAGUCCUUUAUGACAGGACGACUCCAACAUCAAGCUCCAACAGAUUCAUGAUUGUCCAGAAUGCAGCUGUGCUAAAGCAUGGACACAAAAGCAUGUAGAUACAUUGAUAGGUUCAGCUCUGGGUGUAGAUUUUGUCGAGCUAGAAUUUGUUUGUCAUGUAGGGGCAGUAGCUCGCAAGCAUCCUGCUCAUCAAAUGGACAUGUUGCCAAAGAGAACAUUCAAGCAAUGAAAGAAAUCAAGAAAUGUUUUCUCUGACAAACAUUUGUACUGUAGCAAGAGCUGUUUGGACUUUACAGUGGGAUAAAGAGUUGUCGAUAGAUACAGUAGGUGGGUUAAAUAAUCAGCAUGUUGGAAUUAUGGUUAAAGUUUGGACAGAUGGAUGUGAUGUCAUUAGACCACUAAAAUGAGCGAAGUGAUGAGCCAAAAGAUCAGUGUGUGUGAUCCCUUCACGGUCCAUCACAGAUCACCCCAUGAUUUAUUUCUUCCCUUUUAGCUUAGGAACUGACAGCAUGCAAGACCUCAGCCUCUGAUAUUGUAAUGCAGCUGGAGACUGCAUGUCAGCAAAAAAGCCUUUAUGGUUAAAGCGGAUUCUAAUGUAUAAAUUCAUUCCAAUGAUAUUCCCACUUUUCUAUGUUUAUUGUAAUUCUUUUCAUUCAACUCUAAAGCAAUUGAUUUUGUUACUGUAAGUGAAGUUUGCUAAAACUGACAUAUUAGCCCAGUACAUUUGAUCCCAUGCUCAUUUGAAUAUAGAAAAAACACUUGACAAAAAGAGGGCUGACACAUUUAUUCUGUUGUGUAUUUAUUAAAAUAACUGUUCAUAUACAGAAGAUGGCUUGAUCACUGCAAAGUUCCAUGUGACUUAAAUGUUAAAAAAAUGUUAAUUCAUUCUAACAAUGAAUGCUUAGUUAGUUUAUGAAGAUAUAAAGCAGUGAGCUAUAAAAACAAAUCUUGAUGCAGAAGGUAGAAGUUGUUUACUCUCAUUGGCCAAAACAAUGUGAACCUUCAGCUAAAAGCAGGAACAUUUUUGUUUUUGUCAUCUACACUUAUGUAAUCACGAGGUCUAACAAAUGUGACAAAUACAUUCCAUUUCAUUUUAAAAAAAUAUCUUAAAGUUUACAUCCACAUUUAGUAGCUAGCGAUUGUUGUCUUCUCUGAUUUUGCAGGUGAAUUACUCUCUGAAGGUAAAUUACUUUCUUUGCACUGUAUCAUUGCCGGCUGUUGGUCAGCUGAGUGCAGCUUCCAAUUAGUCUGGGGCAAAUUAUCAUCCACCUCAAUUAUGAUAUUAUACUUGAAUAUAAGCCUCUGUGGGUGAAUUUUUAUCAAGAAAAGUGCCAUCUGAGCUUUUUUCCUUUAGGUCGUGUUGUAGAUGGGGUUGCAUUGUAACAGUACCUUCAUACUGUUUUUAUUCCACGAUGACAAUCAAUUUCUAAGACAGGGAGAUGUGCGAUUUCUGGUUGCAGUGUGCACAGUAAUUUAUUCAGACAUUGCUAAACCUAGUUACUGGAUUUUUAUGUUAUAAAAGUAAAACAAUUGUGCAUAAUUUCUUAAUUUUGAUUGUGGCAUAAGUCACAGUUUACAUUUGGUUUUCCAUAUAUUUAUUUAUUCUGUGUAACCUGUGAAAAUGUGACCUGUGAGCCAGGCAUUUGGAACAAGGUCACUGUAAUAAACACUAUUUUUAAGAAAAAAA